AUGUCUGGACCUUGCCGGUUGGACGACAGACAACCGCACCUGAGACCUACCGGUCAGUCUGCUAUUCUACGGACCUACAAACCCCGAACACCUGGUGUGCGACAUUUGAAGCGGCCAAUCAACGACCAUCUCUGGAAGGGACGUCCUUUUCUGCCAUUGACUUUCCCCAAGAAGGGUCAGUCCAAGGGUGGACGAAAUGUGUCUGGAAGAAUUACUGUACGACAUCGUGGUGGCGGUGCCAAGAGGAGAAUAAGAACGGUCGACUUCAUCCGGAACCGGCCAGGACCUCACUUGGUGGAGCGCAUCGAGUAUGACCCUGGACGAAGUGCGCACAUUGCUCUUGUGACUGAGCAAGCCACCAAACGCUACACUUAUAUCCUCGCCGCCGAAGGUCUCCGAUCUGGAGACAUUGUUCACAGCUACCGUGCCGGUAUCCCUCAGGACCUCCUCGACAGCAUGGGUGGUAUUAUCGAUCCCGGUAUUCUCGCUGCCAAGACAGCCUUCCGUGGCAACUGUCUCCCCAUGCACAUGAUUCCAGUUGGUACCACAGUCUUUGCCGUUGGCUCAGCCGCCAAGCGGGGCGCUGUCUUCUGCCGCAGUGCUGGAACAUCGGCCGUCGUUGUCAACAAGAACGAAGAGACAAAGGAUGAUGGAACCAGGGUCAUGACUGGCAAGUACGUCGAGGUCCGACUCCAGAGUGGCGAAGUGCGCCGGGUCAGCAAGGAUGCCUGUGCGACCAUUGGUGUUGCCAGCAACAUCCACCACCACUACCGACAGCUGGGUAAGGCUGGACGAAGCCGAUGGCUGAACAUCCGCCCCACGGUUCGUGGUGUUGCCAUGAAUAAAGUCGACCAUCCUCACGGAGGUGGUCGAGGUAAGUCCAAGGGUAACCGUCAUCCCGUCAGCCCUUGGGGUGUACCGACCAAGAGUGGUUACAAGACUAGACGCAAGCACAACAUCAACAAGUGGGUUGUGGUACCUCGACCUCGAAACCACGGCAAGCGACGCGACAAGGCCAACUGA